AUGGACCAAGGAAUUAUCCGCGCCCUGAAAGCAAAAUAUCGAUCGCUAGCAGUGCGGAAAUUGAUAAAAGCCUUGGACGAGGAAAAAUCGACUCCGAAGUUCUCGAUUCUUGCAGCUAUGUACAUGCUAAGGAAAGCAUGGGAUGAUGUUUCCAACAAAACAUUCACCAAUUGCUUUCGAAAAUCAGGAAUUUCCCAAAAGGAUGCAGAAAGAGCGAUCAACGAAGAUGACGACCCUUUUAAAAGUUUAACCAGCGAAGUAGAAGAAGACCCAAUUCCAACCCUCGAUGCUGAACUCUCUUACAUAAAACGAAGGUUUCCUGACCACAUUGAUCCUGACUUAUCAACUGAAGAUUUCAUUGAUUUUGACAUUGAAGUCAGUACAUCCCAUGGGCGUCUGAAGACUGCUGACAUCAUUGCUGAGAUCACUGGGACUCAAGACGAAGAAUUAGAAGAGGUCGACGAAGAAGACAAGGAGGAAGAAGAUAAGAUCACAAGACCGACGGCCGAGCAAGUGCGUACAGCUAUCAACGUCCUCGAAGACUUGAGUAUUUUUUCACAUUUUGGAGAAGAAAUGAUAGCUUCCCUGAGGGACUUGAAUCGUAAUAUCACCAAAGAUUUUGAUAUGAGUUGUAAGCAAACAGUUAUCACCGACUUCUUUUCUAAAUAA